AUGGCCAGACAGAACCUCACCACUGUGACAGAGUUCAUUCUGGUGGGCUUCACUGACCAUCCUGAAUUGGCUGCUCUGCUCUUCUUGGUGUUUCUUGGUUUCUAUCUCGUCACUAUUCUGGGGAAUGUGGGACUGCUUAUUCUAAUCCGAGUGGAUGUGCGACUCCACACCCCCAUGUACUUCUUCCUGAGCCACCUUGCCCUGCUGGAUGCCAGCUAUGCCUCAGUCAUCACUCCUCAGAUUCUGGCCACACUGGCCACAGAGAAAACCGUUAUCUCCUAUGGCCGCUGUGCUGCCCAGUUCUUUUUCUUCACCCUCUGUGCAGGCACAGAGUGUUACCUGCUGGCAGUGAUGGCUUAUGACCGCUUUGUCGCCAUCAGCAGUCCACCGCGCUACACCGUGAUUGUGACUCCAGGCACCUGCAGGGGCUUAUUGGCUGGUGCCUACAUCUGUGGGGUUUCAGGGACCAUCCUCCGUACCACGUGUACCUUCACCCUGUCCUUCUGUCACAACAAUCAGAUUGACUUUUUCUUCUGUGACCUCCCACCCCUGCUGAAGCUCGCCUGCAGCAGCAUGACACAAAGUGAGAUUGUCAUUCUCUUUUUUGCAAAAUUCAUGUUCCUAGCCAAUGUCAUGAUCAUCCUGAUCUCCUACACGCUCAUCAUCAGAGCCAUUCUGAGGAUGAAGUCUACUGGGGCACGAGCCAAGACCUUCUCCACCUGCACCUCCCACCUCAUCACUGUUGUCCUCUUCUUUGGGACACUUGCCUUCAUGUACCAGAGAAGUAACUCAGACAAAUCCCCAGAGGAGGACAAAAUUGUUUCUGUCUUUUACACUGUCAUCAUCCCUAUGCUGAACCCCUUGAUCUACAGUCUGAGGAAUAAAGACGUAAAAGCUGCAUUCAUAAAAGUUGUCGGAAAACUCAAGCUCCCAAAGAACGUAGCUUUGGGUGAGAGUCCUUCGUCCUGA